CAGCUCAGUAGCCUCCACCACCGAGGAAAUCAAGCUAAGAAAUGGAACAAAUUUGGAAUAGAAUUACCUAUUUUUUCUUCUCUCGCCCUCCUCUGCUCACCCAUGGGCGGUCUCUCACUCUCAAUUUUUGUUUUCCUUCCAUCUCCAUUAGAGCUGUAACCGCGCAGUAGCUAUCGGAAACCCUAAUUUUCUCCGCCGGUUUCGAUAUACCUAAUCUUUCUCUGGCCCUGUCUUGCCCUUGUCGCCUUUUUCUGUUUGGUUCGGUCUGCGACCGUUCUAGGUACGAAUUGGAGCUUCCUCCCGCCAUUAGGGUCGGAGGCGGCAUUUGGAAGAUGGAAGGGGGUGGGGCGGCGUACAAUCCUCGGACGCCAGAGGAGGUUUUCCGGGAUUUCAGAGGCCGCCGGGCCGGCAUAGUCAAGGCUCUCACUACAGAUAUGGAGAAGUUCUACGAGCUCUGUGAUCCGGAAAAGGAGAAUUUGUGUCUUUAUGGGAAUCCUAAUGAGACCUGGGAAGUCGCCUUACCUGCUGAGGAAGUUCCACCUGAGCUUCCUGAACCUGCAUUAGGAAUUAACUUUGCUAGGGAUGGGAUGGAUGAGAAGGAUUGGCUGUCACUUGUUGCUGUUCACAGUGAUUCAUGGCUAUUGGCUGUUGCUUUCUACUUUGGAGCUCGGUUUGGAUUUGACAAAGAGUCUAGGAAGCGGCUGUUCACUAUGAUCAACAAUCUCCCAACCAUCUACGAGGUUGUGACUGGAACAGUCAAGAAGCAAUCUAAAGAGAAAACUCCCAACAGCAGCAGCAAGAGCAAUAAAUCAAGCUCAAAGUCUCAGCUCCAAACAGAAGUGUCAAGGGCACCUCAGAAAGAUUUUGAUGAAAGUGGAGAAGACGAUGAUGAAGAAGAAGAUGAAGAUGAACAUGGAAACACUCUUUGUGGUGCCUGUGGUGAUAACUACGCAAGUGACGAGUUCUGGAUUUGUUGCGAUGUUUGCGAGCGUUGGUUUCAUGGUAAGUGUGUGAAGAUCACACCAGCCAGGGCUGAGCAUAUUAAGCAGUAUAAAUGCCCUGCCUGCAGCAACAAGAGGGCCAGGGCAUGACAGGAAUACAAGAAGAUUCAAGCUAAAAGCUUCUCGUACUAGGUUAAUCCUUCCGAAUUAGAAUCACAAAAAAAAGAAAGAAGGAAACAAUUUCUAAUGCAAAACUUGUCCAUUAGAUUAUAUUCACUUUGUUAAUUUAGUACCAGAAUUUAGACUUUGUUUCUGUUACUGUCAGUGUAACUUUGCUAAUUAGGGUCCAGAAUUCAGACUUUUUGUUUGUUUCAGUUCUUGCUGGAAUCUGUUGCUUCACUUAUUAAUCAGGUCCCAGAAUUUUAUGCUUGUUUUGUUUCCGUUGUUGUCUGAAUCUUUCACUUAAUUAAAAUGUUAUAUUCAGUGUUAUUAUGGAUAUUUAAUCACUUAA